UCUACAAUACUUGAAAACGUUCACGGUAAUUUGUCAUCCAUUUCUCUAAACAGUUGGCAGAAUUUGUGCGUGUGGUGUGCGCUAGUCUGCCGACGGCGUCCGUUCAUAGAAAAGAGAGAAGACAUAAGAGUCCUUUGUCAAAUUAAAGGAAAGUAAUUUAGUUGAGAAGAAAUUUUAAUAGUUAGACAAAAGAGAUAUCAAGAAAAUUAAGGGUAACAAAGUGAUAGUUCAGCUGCGUUUUGGAUUUUUUGACCUCUUGAACUCCCCGCGGGUUUUUUCUUUCCCGCGAGGUGAAUAACAGUGGUACAUAGCCAAACCCCUGACCCCUCUGAAGCUUCGCGCCUCGGCGCCUAGGCUAUAUCAAAAGGAAGGAGAAAGAAAUUGCGGAAGCGGGGAGGUUAAGAGGACGGCACGAAAGGGAGAACGCGCCGUCCAUCACCAUGAAGCUCGUUGACCACGUGGUGAGGAGCUUCAAGGUGGCCAAAGUUUUUCGUGAAAAUUCUGAUCGUAUAAAUAGUAUCGACUUUUCACCAAAUGGGGAUACUUUGAUCUCUUGUUCAGAAGAUGACCAGAUCGUGAUAUAUGACUGUGAGAAAGGCACUCAGGUGCGUACAGUCAAUUCUAAGAAAUAUGGUGUAGAUUUAAUCCAUUUUACACAUGCAAAGAACACUGCAAUACAUAGCAGUACUAAAAUUGAUGAUACUAUUCGUUAUUUGAGUCUGCAUGAUAACAAAUAUAUAAGAUAUUUCCCAGGUCAUAGCAAAAAAGUUGUAUCACUAUGCAUUAGUCCUAUAGAAGAUACAUUUCUUUCUGGUUCUUUAGAUAAAUCAUUAAGAUUAUGGGAUUUACGUUCACCUAAUUGUCAUGGUGUUAUGAAUGUUUCGGGACGUCCAGUUGCUGCAUAUGACCCAGAAGGUCUUAUUUUUGCAGCAGGUGUCAAUUCAGAAUUUUUAAAGUUAUAUGAUUUACGCAGUUUUGAUAAAGGGCCAUUUGUUACAUUUAAAUUAUCUCAAGAAAAAGAGUGUGAUUGGACAGGACUAAAAUUCAGUAGAGAUGGUAAAACUAUUUUGAUCUCUACAAAUGGUAGUACAAUUCGUUUGAUUGAUGCAUUUCAUGGUACACCAUUACAAACAUUUGCUGGCUAUUUAAACAACAAAGGAAUUGCAAUUGAAGCCAGUUUUAGUCCUGAUUCACAGUUUGUAUUUAGUGGAUCUACAGAUGGCAGAGUACAUGUAUGGAAUGCAGAAACUGGAUAUAAAGUUUGUGUGCUUAAUGGAGAUCAUCCAGCACCAGUUCAGUGUAUUCAGUUUAAUCCUAAAUAUAUGAUGUUAGCAUCUGCCUGUACUAAUAUGGCAUUUUGGUUACCUACUGUUGAUGAAAGUGCAUAAAAUCAAAGCAUCAGACUUUGGGCAAUACUCACAAGAAUUUAUCUAAUUUUGUGCAAAAUAGAACUGAAAAUUACAUCGGUUCAAGAAAGAAAUGACAACAAAGAAUUCUUGGGUAUUUUAAAUGAGCAGAAAUUGCAUUUACAUUAUAUUCAAAGUUAAUUAACCGACGUAUGAGACGCCGGUGUUGGAACAAACCCAAGAAAAAGAAAAUAUGCCUAUAAUAUCCAAGAGAUCGGCCCGCUUGGCUUAUUCGCUUGCUUCGAGUAUGUCAUAUACUGUUUAUGUAUUUUGCCAUCUUCAUCAUCAUCGUCAUAUACUCUGUGGCGCGAUGAACGUGACCAUAAAAUAUCUUGUCAAUAUUUAAAACUAUCUCUUUUUUCUCAAAGUAUACAAAUACUGUUAGUUUUGGAUAUAUCAUCUUGUGUACAUAAUUUCUUCUUGUGUACCUGUGUGUAGCAUAAUGAUACAGAAUUAUCCACAAAUUACAAAAUUUAAAUUAUAUAUCAAUUGACAUUUGCAUAGUCAAUAUUAACAUUUUAUUGUGUUAUUGAUUAUGUGCUUGAUAAUAUUUUAACAAAUCUAUUAAAUAAUUAGAUUGUUUUGAUUUAUUGUCCAACAAAAAAUUAACAUAUAAUACACUAUUAAUAGAAGGUCAUAAACUUAUUUAUAAAUUUUUUAAUUGAACAAUUUUUUCAUUGAAUUUAUUCAUUUGAUAAAUUUAUAAAGCACAAAGAAAGAAAAAAAAUAUAUAUAUAAUAUUGUUGUAUUAAUAUUUAGAAGAAGAAUUAAAUUCUCUAUGUACACAUGAAAUUUUAUAAUAUUCAAAAAUAUAUGCAUCACGUACAUUUAAUUCUAUAGUAAUCAGUUCAUAAAGGCAAAAAUGGCAGUCGCUGAUAUCGCGCAUGGAGAAAUUAUGAUCAUAUUACAUUAACACAUAUCUCAACAAAUUAGUUUCAUUAAUUAAAUUCCUCAGUGACCGUCCGAAAUCAGGGAUAUUUUUUGUAACCUCAUUAUGAACGGGCGUUCACUUGAAAUUCAAUAUCAUUGCGCGCAAGAAUGAUAGAUAUCGAGCUUAUUUAUUGUGCGCAAUAAACGUGUGAAACGUUUUAAAUAGAUACUUUGUUGACGGCAGUAAUAUAUCUCGUAUUUCUACGACUUCCAUGCGAUAAAGAUAUGGUAUCGGUUUUAAUCUACAUGCGUGGAACCGGCGGGCCGGGUGAAAAAACAUUCGAUGAUAGUAGGAAGUGCAGUUAAGUCUAAUCAUUUCAAGUAGUUCGGUAAAUUUUGACGUUUAUAUCAAUGCGAUACAUCUUAUAAGUCAACAGGUGCAUUGGAAAGGACAGGCAGAAACAAAAAUCGAAAAAAAAAUUGGACAAUCCAUCUUUUUUAUACCAUGUAAUUGUAUUAAUUGUAAUUAAAUAAUUGUUCUGUUUUAUUGUAUAUGUAAAUUUAUAUAUGAUGGAUUAUCGAAUUUAUAUUAUUUACUUAAGCUAAAAAAUCUGGAUAUUGCAAGAACAUGUCAAAAAAAUAUUUCAUAAAAUUGUGUGUAAUUAAUUUAUAUUACAUAUUUACGACAGUGCUUGUGUAUUCUGUCUGUUCGAUUAUAUAGCCCUGCUUUCAUCAUACGUGUAUAUAUCAUUCUAUUCACAGUGUCCUCUAGAAUUUCUAGACGUUUUCCUUAACAUACCUUAUGCAGGAGUAGGUGGUUAUACUAUUCUAUACAAAAAGUGCGCAUAUAUGCGUAAUAUGUAUGAUUGGUUGCAUAUUUGUGAAUUGUCUAUUGAUUCUAUAAUGAUGUAUGAGUGUAUGUAUGAAUGCUCUUUGUAUGUAUUGUAUUCGCUUGUAUAUCUUCGGCGAGCUCUUGAAUGCAUUACGUAUAUGUCAAUGCUUGAGAGUUCGUUUCAUUAUGUAAAAUAGUAUUUUUCUAAAUGGCGAAACAGUGUACGCGUGCAAAAAUUGCGAUUUAUGUUAGACAAACUGAAGGGAUACGAUUGUUAUUUAAAAAUGUGUCCUGUGUAAUUAAAAAAAAGAAAUGUUAAAAAAAAAUAUGUUGAUUUCAUGAAA